GCCCCCUGCGGCUUCUGGGGGCGCGGGGCAUUCUGGGAAGCAGCGCUCGCGGCGCGGGGUCACCAUGGCGGCGCGUGUCCUCCUCGCGGCCUGCGCUCGCCGGUGCCUCCCCCGCGCCCCGCCGCGGCUCUUCCGCGAGGCCGCCGCCGCCGCCGCCCUCUGCGCCGCCGGGGGCCCCUCGCGGGCGCUGCCGCCGUGCCGCCGCUUCGCCCACCUGCCCCCGCUGACGCUGGGCGGCAUCCAGGAGCGCGUCCUGUACGUGCUGAAGCUCUACGACAAAGUGGACCCCGAGAAGCUGACAGUCACGUCCCACUUCAUGAAAGACCUGGGCUUGGACAGUCUGGACCAAGUGGAGAUCAUCAUGGCCAUGGAGGACGAGUUUGGCUUUGAAAUCCCAGAUGUGGAAGCAGAGAAGUUGAUGUGUCCGCAAGAGAUUGUUGAUUAUAUAGCAGAUAAGAAGGACGUUUAUGAAUAAGUGUUUGUCAAGCUGAACAGGUAAUUUUGUUUCUUCCCGAGGGUUUGGCAGUUGUCUGGAGCAAAGGGGUGUGAUCCUCAGAUGAAUAGUGAUCAGCAGUUGUAUUUAAAGCAGUAUAAAUAUCUUUGUUGAAUAAACCUAAGACUGGG